AUGAGUAUAACAACUACUAUGAAUAUUCCAAUUACUUAUAGUUUAUCAUCUAAAAUAUGUUCACAAUGUAGUUCAAUGGCACAUUUUCAAUGUAUUGAUCAUUGUAAAGAUGUAUUUUGUGGUAAAUGUAGUAUUAAACAUCGAACAGCUGUGAUAAAACAAAUGAAUGAUUUAACACAACAACUUACAAAUUGUAAAAUUGAUCCUAUAACAACACAUGAUGAAAUAGAUGAGAAUUUUUUUCGUGCUUCUAAACAAACUAUUAAAUGUACAAAAGAUACAGUAAAUAAUUUAAUUGCAGAAAUUAAACAAUGUGAAGAAUUAAUUAUUAAAGAAAUUCAAAAUAAUUUACAAAUAAGACAAAAAGAAAGAGAAAAACGUACUGAUUCUGCAUUAUUAACAAGUGAAGAAGCUGUUGAUUAUACUCAUAUACUCCAUAAAUGUCUUAAACAAGAUCAAUUAAUUGAUAAAGAUACUCUAAUUGAUAUUCAACAUCGUUUAGAUGCUCGUCUUGCACUUGGUCAAUCAGCAUCGGAAGCAAAACCUCCUUUAAUUGAAUUAGGAAAAUUUGAACCAAAAAAAAUUCUUCAACUUCGUACGGCUCCUCGAACAGAAUCUUUUCAACCUAAAAUAAGAAAUAAUAAUAUUAUACCAGUAACAGUUCGUUUGGGUAAAUAUAAAUUAUUUCAAACUCCAUUAGAAGGUACAUUUUCUAUUGGUAAACAUCCAACAGCUAUAUCAUUAAAUGAUCGUUAUCUUGAAACAUUUUUUUGUCGUCGUACACCAGGCAAUAGUUUAAUUUUAUUAAGUACAACAACAAUUGAUAUUGUUAAUCGUGGUUCAGGUCUUGAAAUGAGUGUACGUUUAUCAAAAAUUUUAGGUACAGAAAAAGAUAAAUUAUUAGCUGGUGCUUGGUGUGAAUAUUCUCAACGACUUAUACUUGUUGGAAAUCAUCGAAUGUAUUUUUUUGAUUUACAAGGACAAGAACAUGCAAAAAAAUAUCGAUGUGAACCAAUACAUGGUGAUUCUGGAUAUACACCAAGAUUUAUUGGUUGUACACAUGAUGGUUUUAUAUUUUAUGCUUACAAAUCUGGUUUGGAUUCAUAUACAAUACAAAAACAUGCUCAUCCACCUUUAUUAUCUAAUAAAACUGAUGAUUUUGAAUAUGAAGAUACUAAAUUCUUUUUUCAAACAAAACAAAAUACAAAUAUUAAUGGUCAUCUAGCAGCUAUGUGUGUUACACAUAGUCGUGUUGCAUUAGUAUAUCGUCGUUUUCAAUCUGCUAAACAUUUUGAACAUUUUAUUUGUUUAUUUGAUCAUAAUUUUACGAAACUCAAUAAUGAACAUACAUCAAUAAAAACUGAUAUUAAAUGGAUUACAGCAAUUACAUCAUUUGGUAAUGAUGAUCAAUAUCUUUUAUGUGAUCCACGUGGUCAACAAUUAUUAUUAUAUCAUUCAACAGAUGGUAUUUUAAUACGUCGAUUUCGUAUUGGUGCUAUAAAUGCAUGUUGUUUAACAGAUGGUAAACUUGUUUUAUGGUUACAAAAACAAUAUGCAAGUUCACCAACUGGAAAACUUCAUUUUAUUACAGCUCCACAUUUAGAAGAACGAGCUAAUGUAUCCAAAUCACUUCCAUUAUUAACUCAAAAAUGA